AUGCAUUCAUCUCUAUUACGAAAACGUCUAAAUGAUUUAUGUGAUUCAAUUUCAUCAACUAGUGAAUCUCCAACAUCAUCAUGUCCAUCAACACCACCUUAUUCUGCAACAUGGUUUGAAUCACCACAAAUUGAUUUACGUGUAAUGAAUAAUGAACACCGCCAAAAAGUAUUUGAACUUGUUAUUGAAACAUUUUUUCGUGAUGAACCAUUAAAUAAAUGUCUUGCAUUUGAUCUUCCAAAUGAACCGAUUGAAUUUGUUGAACUUGUCAUAUCAAUAGCUUUAGAAGAUCAAUGUUCAUUUGUUGCUAUUGAUAUUCAAACAGAAAAUAUUAUUGGUGUUAUAUUAAAUAUAAUAAAAUAUCGUCUACCAUUAACAACAAUUAAUAAUAAUCAAGAUAAAUUUGAUAUAAAAAAUUUUCAAUCAGAAAAAUUACGUUUUAUAUUAAGUGUAUUACAACACGUUCAUAAUAAUAUUGAUUUAUUUGAAGAAAUGAAUACAGAUCAUUUAUUACAUACAGUUAUUAUAGCUAUUGAUGCACAUUAUCGUGGUCUGAGAUUAACGGAAAAAUUAAUUCAUGCAAGUUUAGAACGAGCAAAAAAUGAAUUUAAUAUCAAAGGAGCUUUUACUGAAGCAACAAGUCUUUAUUCAGCUAAAGCAUUUCGUAAACAAGGCUAUCAACGAUAUAAUGAAAUUAUAUAUAUUAAAUAUGAUAGUGUACGUUUAGCUAGUCUUGUUGGAGAACACGAUCGAUGUCAAUUACUUGCUAAACAACUAUAA